GUCACGCAUGCCACGGUGUUGAAGACGUUCUCAGAUUACAGCACCAAAUACCCUUAUAAGCCGGCAUCAGCCAACACGCUCGUUGACUGCAGACGGUUAACAUGUCCGCCAUGGACGUAGACCAACCUUCUCCAAAGUCAUCCCCCGUCAAGCCUAUAAAACGCGCCGUGGUCACGUACGGAAGGCGUAGGGACCCCCAGCCUGAAAUACGCGACUCUUCUGUAACCCUCACUGACCGCAGCUCUCCUCGUGUAGAAUCGGAGUCCUUAGGCGGCAAGGAAAGCGAGUCCACCCAUGAAUUGGCGCCCGAUGCGCUGCAGGGCUCACAAUCCUCUUCAACGACGUAUGCAAAUGAUGAUGACAUGGACGAUGCCAGUCCUAAACAUCAGUUUGGCUGGAGAGCACAAUUAAAAGCGCUAGAUGAAGCCUUCGAUAAUGACAAGGAGCCACUUGCACGGCCUCGAGUUACUGAGCCAUCGUCAUCGUCGCCACCACAGAAGCCCUUUCAGUCUCACCCCUUUGAGGAGAAUCAAAUCACUCAGAUAGAUAUCACGCCUCCUCCAGCACCACAAAAUUCCGAUGGGCCCUUUGAUGCACUGCUACCCCCUACAAACGAUCCGCCUGCCUCUACAGUGGAUGAGUCUCUUGAAGAUUCUCCGAUAAUCUCUCGCAAGGUCAGACGCCCCAGGAAUUGUAUCGACUCUGAUUCUGAGCGCGAAGAUUCCUCCUCGGCGUCGCCUAUUCGCAAUCCGAUUAAUACCCCUCUACUACGCUCGCCUCCCACACCUUCUACAUCAGAAUUCGAGAUGCCUUCAAUGAAGCACAAGGCUAACAAAGGAAAAGGGAAGGCUAUUGCUCGAGAUGUGCCUCCGCUUCGCUUCGAGAGUGAAUCAGCUUCUAUAAGGGCCACUUCAAAGAAGGGUAAUAAAGCCAGGCGGAAGGACGAAUCUGUGCGCCCCAAAACCAAGGCUCCGACUAAGAAGGACCUCCGUGAAACUGUUUUGGAGAGUUCGCGUAUCAUUGCGAGCAAGAAUGUCGAGGUGGCGCGUACUGAACAACCGAAGCACACCAUGACUUGGUUUUUUGAGCGCAUAAAGGAUGAAGAUUUGCGUACGGAGGUCAAGCAGCCUGAGCCCCCCUCAGAUCCGAUAUCCAAUUUUUCCUCGCCUCCAGUACCACCCGUUGCUGGUGCACCGGACAAAGUCGAGCAAGGCACUUCUUCAUUCGGCGCACCUUCGCGUUUACUCGGGUCCUCUGCUAUUGUGCCUCCCCGUGCCCGGACUCCACCCAGAAACCUUCCGGGGCGUUCAAUGUCCCAACCACAGUCAGCGGCAUCCGACAGCGAUGGAGAAAUGCCGAUUUUCAGCGACCUACUGAGGCAAGACCAAGCCAAACGCAAAGAAGCUGAUGACAAGCGUGCUCUUGCGGAGUUAAAGCAGCGAGCUCUCCAAGACGCAGCUAGACGGUUUAUGGCCAACGACAGCGAUGAUGAUCUAGAGAUUGUCGACAACAAUAUGCAUGUGACGGCCCAGGAAGAGGCAGCGAAACGUAAAGCUGACAAGUUGCAACAUAUCACUCCUUCGAAGGGCAAGGCCAGACAGCUUGCUUUGGGUCGGAAAUCUUUACCAGGACCAUCUGGCUCCCGUGCGAAACCUUUUGCACAAGCCAACUUGUCCGAAUGCCUCAAGGAAUCCGCGAUGUCUUCAUUCGAUCGGAAGGUACGGGGCAAGGACAAGGCCCCGCUGACCACACAGCAAUUGAACAGAGCGCUCAUGCAGCGAGCUGAGGCUAGGAAGCUUCAGACUAUCCAGCAGCGAGAAGAAGAGUGGAAACAAAGAGGAGGCAGGGUAUUAGAGGAGGCAGUAGAAGCUGGGGAGAAGACGUCAUGCAAAGACAGGCUUCGUACCUAUGUGCAGAAAGGCCUUGAUGCAGCAGAGCGCGACGACUCUACUAUUGGCGAUAUGGAGGCAGACGACACGGAUGAGGAUGACACAGAUUACGCUCCCGAGGAACGAGGCUCAGCCAGUCCAGAGCCCACAGAUACUGAUUGCGAGGGCGACAGCGAUCAGGAGAACCAAGCGACAGGUUUGAAUGCCAAUGAUGGUGCAAGUCAACACACGGACGCUGAAGAUGAGGAACUCCAAGUGCGUAGACGCGGUAUUCGUCGACCCCUAAUGGUGGCCUCCGACGAGGAGGAUGAUGCUCCCAGAAUUCUCGUGCCAGACUCCUCGAUGCUAGACUUGGAAUUGGCCUCGAACGCCAUAGUGACACGCAACUCAGAGUCAGACCAAACAGAGGACGAGAAUGACAAAGAGAACAGUCAGACGUUGAUGUACGACAGGAGCGAAGACAAAGAGAACAAGGCUGUUGUUCGACACUCUCAUUCAGUCGCGAGACCUCCCUUAGGUAGUAGACCGGGUUCUCUUCUUGACAUCGAGGAUGGUGUUCACAGGAUAUCAUCGCCCUCGCCAUCGUUGUGUUUCGAUGGUGCCCCCGGGUCCCCUGAGCAGAAUCUACGUUUGCCGUUGAAAGAGAUUGCUCGAGAAGAUGACUCGUUCUCGUCUUCCCCGAGCUCAAAGUCCCCAUUUACCACCAGACUCCUCCGGUCUACGUCCAAGCAUCCGACACUCCCACCUGGAGCAUCAAACUCCCGCAUGAGCCUCGAUUCACCGCCGACGCUGCAGCUUGGUCUAGGAUCAUCGUUUUCCGACAUUGAGAACGACGAGAACAUGGUUAAGGGUUUCGAACCCCGCACACUACUACCUUCCUUUUCUGAAACCCUCACCAAGCGGAGUCCUGCACCCUUCGUGCCACUGGAUCCUCUCGCAAAUGGCAGUGGUUUUUCGCAGCUGUUCUCAGAUGACAAGGAUGAGGGGUUCAGCUGCAAGGAUCCUACUCUUAUAGGAGACUGCAAUGAGCUCUCUUUGUCACUUGAUGUCGGACUAGAGCCUGCACUGGAAGUCAGCAGUACCCUUCGCAGGAAGGCCGAUGGCAUUUUUGAAAAAGAGCAGGAGUAUGUUAUGGAGAUCGCAAACGGCCAUCAGAAGCAGGGCAAAAGCCCUCCUAAGUAUGUCGGCGACAAUGGGUUCUUAACUCAGACUUGGGGGCCUAAUGUUGAACAAUACCGCCCGAAUUCUUUCCAGAGUCCACAAUUUCUGGCGUCUCAAGUAUUACUAGGUGAUAUGACUCCGUUAUCAAGUGAGCGUGCUCCUCUCCGAACAUUGUCCUUCAUGGCAACGCAAGAGUCUUCGGACGUACGACCUCUUCGCCGACUGAGACGGCGCAGUACGUCGCCAUUGGACGGAAAAACUCUUUUGCAAGACGAUGAUUCCCUUCUCCCCCCUCUGACUAUCUCUCAGCUGCCCAAGAGAAACGCGUUUGAAGUCUUGGGAGGGCAUCCGAAAUCCAAUGCACCCAAACGAAAACUGGAGAAGUCCGAGUUCAUUGCUACGGAGGCUGUUGAAUCAGAUGAGGACGAAUUAAUUGGGUUCGGGCCUAUCAAGAAAGAUGAGGAGGAGGCAGAGGAUGAUGAUGACGAGAAGAUUGUGGAGGGUCUUGUUGAUGAUGCGGUCAUGGAUGUCGAUACAGAGAGGGCUGACUUGGUCCAGGAGAAGUUCAGGGAGCACGAAGAGGAAGAUGACAAGAAAUUGGAGAAACUUCACCACGAUGCCGUCGAGGGCAAACUUAGAAUGAAGCGUCGCGACCGAGGGAUCGGCUUCGACGAGGAUAGCGACGACGAGGACGAAGACGAGAAUAACAGGCGAAUACGACGGAGUAUGAACAAGAAGCGCAAGGUUGAUGGUGAUACCCUUGAGGACCUAGGUCGAAACGAAGCAACAAAAGCAUUUUACGACGCAUAUCAGAACGAGCUGAUGGAUGACGACCUUGAGUUCGUCCAUUUGCAAACAGACACGCGAAUGGCUAGCGAAGAUGAAGAUGAGGAGACGAGGAAAGUGGUAUUGAUAGAAGAUCUAAACGCCGAGCUAAGGGAAGCGGCCAAGAAAAAAGAGAGUUUCGAAACCCUAGAUCCAGAGGACACAUCAUGGAUCGACAGGGCGGACGAGGAGAAUGACGGCAACGUUCCCGUCAAAGUAAUGGCAGAGCACUCUAGCAAGCCACCUGCCAAACGACCCGCACAGUCCCACACAGACUUUGGUCUGGAGCGCCCAAACCGGAUCCUGGAGAACGACCAAGAGAAAACAAAAUUGCGUUCAUGGGCAAGAGGUCAAGGUGGUGGAAACCAGGGGACUGGUCGUUCUGCUGUUGGUGCGGCCAUUACAGGACACGCCAAGGCCAAAGUCAAGAUAGGUGGCGGUUCUCUGAGAACGGCUCAGGCGGCCGCUGGAAGUAAUUCUGUCUCAAGCGCACCUGUUCCACGCAAGCUGGAGAAGGGGCGAAGUAUGCUCUCUGGUGUGUCUGAUAGGAGUAGUCGAUUUGCGUAGUAUGUGUUGCGAGUAUCUUGAUUCGGAGUUCGGUCCAACACGUUAAACACCAU